CCGCCCACCAUAUAAGGCAAUGAUGGGUGCAAGGCAGGGACAUCUACACUGAUCAUCAGGGCACUGAUGAUCAGUGUGACCCCAGAAGUGCCACCUAUCAGUGCCCAUCAAUGCCAGCUGUCAGUGCUCAUCAAUGCCACUUGCCAGUGCCCAUCAGUGCCUCAUCAAUGCCACAUAUCAGUACCUACCAGUGCACAUCAAUGCCACAUAUCAGUACCUACCAGUGCCCAUCCGAGCUGCCUUUCAGUGUCACCUAUCAAUGUCAGUCAGUGCCACCUAUCAGUGCUGCCAAUCAGUGCCGCCUAUCAAGGCCAGUCAGUGCCACCUGUU